AAUAUAUUGUAGUGCACAUAUAGCAAUCUUACGUUGGAUUGUCUAAGAAAUUUUCAUUGAGUUUGACAGUGGCCGGAAGGAAAUUUCCAUUACGUUAUCGUCUGUGUACACACGCAUUUUCCAAGCUCUUUAAAUCUUUAGAAACUAGCAAAUCAAGAUAGAAGAUAGUGUUCUCAAUUUCAAAUAUGGCUUCUUCUUCAUCUUCUUCAUCUUCAUCUACUACUGCUUGGGUGUAUGAUGUUUUCUUGAGUUUUAGAGGAGAAACACGAAAAUCUUUUACUGAUCAUCUCUAUGAAGACUUAUGUCAAGCUGGAAUUAACACCUUUCGGGACGAUGAAGAAAUCCGAAAAGGUGAGAACAUCACUGAUGAGCUAUUGAAUGCCAUCGAGGGGUCCAAGAUAUCCAUCAUUGUAUUUUCCAAAACUUAUGCCCAAUCAAGAUGGUGUCUUGAUGAACUGGUGAAGAUUCUAGACUGUAAGAAAAAAUUGCAACAGAUGGUUCUGCCUAUAUUCUACAACGUUGAUCCUGCAGAGGUUCGUAAACAAACAGGUGAAUUUGGUAAGGCAUUGGCUCAACAUCGACAACGAGUUGAUGAUCAAAAAGUUGAUGAAUGGAAAGUUGCACUCACUACUGUUGCUGAUUUGUCGGGAUGGGAUUUGCAAACCAUAACAAACGGGUAUGAAUCGAAAUUCAUCAAAAAAAUUACUGAAGAGGUACUACGAAAAGUGAAUUUAACAUGCAUGAAUGUUGCAAAGUAUCCUAUUGGAAUUGAUUCUCGUGUUAGAGAUACAUUUCAUUUAUUGCAAACUCAAAGAAAUUAUGACACCAAGAUGUUUGGAAUUUUUGGUAUGGGUGGUGUCGGAAAAACAACCCUUGCUAAAGCCAUUUACAAUUUGAGUUUUCAAAAGUUUGAAGGUUGCUGCUUUAUUGCAAACAUUAGAUCACAAAUUUCUGAAGGGCACAAUGGUUUAGUUCGUUUACAAGAGAAACUUCUUUGCAAAACACUCAAUAGAAAGAAACUUGAAAUAGAUAAUGUUGAUGAAGGAAUAAGUUUGAUUAAAGAAAGACUACGAUCAAAAAGUGUUCUUAUUGUUCUUGAUGACAUAGACGAUACUAGUCAACUAGAAUCAUUAGCAGGACAACGGAAUUGGUUUGGUUCAGGGAGCACAAUUAUAAUAACAACUAGAGAUGUUCAGUUGUUGAGUCACAUGGAAGCACACGAGAAAUACAUGGUAAAAACGUUAAGCCCUGAUGAAUCCUUGCAACUCUUGAGUUGGCAUGCUUUUGGUGUUCCUAUACCAUUAGAGGAGUAUAUUGAACUAUCCAAAAGGAUAGCAAGUUAUACUGGUGGACUUCCAUUAGCACUUACAAUUAUAGGUUCUCAUUUGCGUGGCAAAUCAGUGCAAGAAUGGAGUGAUGAUGCUGAGAAAUUAAGAGGGAUACCUCAUGAUGAUGUUCAAAAAAUUCUUAAAAUAAGUUAUGAUUCACUUGAUGAUGAUACUAGGAAUAUCUUUCUUGAUAUUGCUUGUUUUUUUAUUGGGCAUAACAAAAAUGACACUUCUAUGAUAUUGGAAGCUUGUGGUUUUUAUGCUAAAAGCGGAAUAAGAAUUUUGAUUGAAAGAUGUUUGUUGACAACAAAUGGAGGUGAAAAGUUUGAAAGGCUUCAGAUGCAUGAUUUAAUACGAGAUAUGGGAAGAGAAAUUGUUCAAAAGGAAUCUCCACGAGAGCCAGGCAAACAAAGUAGAUUGAUUGACCCAAAUGAUGUCUUUGAUGUUCUUCACGGGAACAAGGGCACAAAAGCAAUUGAAGGGAUAAUUGUAAAUUCUAACAUGUCAAAAAAUGUGCCUUUGAAUACUCAAGUAUUCAAAAGGAUGGUAAAGUUACGAAUACUCAUAUUGAAUGGUAUGUGUCUCAGCGGAUCUUUUAAAUAUUUAUCCAAUGAGCUUAGGUUGUUUAGAUUACACAAUUGCCAUUUGAGUUGCAUACCAUCUAAUUUUCACUGUGAGAAGCUUGUUGAGUUAGACAUGAAAGGUAGCAAUAUCGAAGAAUUGCAAUGCAAUAUGCAGCAUUUUAGAUGCUUGAGGAUAUUAAAGCUUGAUUAUUGUGAACAACUUAAGAAAACACCAAACUUCACUGGGGCACAUACUCUUCAAAAGGUAUCCUUUAAGUGGUGUUCAAAUUUGGUCAAGGUACACCCAUCAAUUGGAAGUUUGGAGAGACUUGUUGAGUUAAAUUUCUUUAGUUGCAAGAAACUCAAGGUUCUUCCAAGUAGCAUUUGCAAGUUAAAAUCACUUGAAGUUUUAGAUUUAGAUUAUUGCGAAAAAUUGAGGGAGCUUCCAACUGACUUGGGAAACUUAGAGCAACUAAGAGAUUUACUUGCUCGUCAAACUUCCUUCUCACAUUUACCAUUUUCUGUGGGAUGUUUGAGAAAUCUAAAGACACUAGAGCUCGAGGUGUACAGGAGUUCUGUACUAUCAAAAUCAAAAUCAAAAUCAAAAUUGCCUCUCUUUUGUUCAAGAAGAAGUCGUGAUGGUGUUGGUUUUUUUCCACCUUCAGUUGCAAAUUUGUGCUCCUUGGAAGUUAUUGAAAAUUUGACCUCAUUGGAAGCUUUAGAUUUAUCAGGAAGAUUUUGUUAUCUUCAAAACUUACCCUUCCGCCUUUGUCAUCUUUCAAACUUGAAAUUUCUCUACUUGGAGGAUUUGCAAAAUCUUAGAGCCCUUGUAGAACUUCCUCCUAGUUUGGUGGAACUCUCUGCAGAAAAUUGUGUCUCAUUGGAAAAAAUAGCAGUUGUAUCAAACUUGAGGAGACUUAGAGUCUUGCAUCUUGAAAACUGCAAAAGUUUGGUUGAGCUUCCAAACUUGGAGAAUCUUUCAUCCUUAGUAGAGCUUAACAUAAGCAAUUGCAAUGCUCUGACUAUCCCUGACAACUAUUUGCAUGAAGUAGAUGGUCUUCCAAUUGCUCUUAGGAGUUUGUCCUCAUUGAAAGAAUCAGAUUUAAUGGGAAGCUACUAUCUUCAAAGUUUAACAUUAUGCCUUUUCCAUCAUUCCAAUUUGCGAAUUCUAUGCUUGAACGGUUUGCAGAAUCUUACAUCACUUCCACAACUUCCUCCUAAUUUAGAGAUACUAUGUGCAAAGAAUUGUGUGUCAUUAGAAAAAAUAGCAGAUCUAUCAAACAUGAAAAGACUCAGAAGACUAAAUAUUCAAAACUGCAAAAGUUUAGUUGAGCUUUCAGGCUUGGAGAGUCUUGAAUCCUUAAACUAUCUUGAGAUAGGUAAUUGCAGUGGUUUGAGGAUUCCUUCGAUUGAAAAGUGGUUCAAGGCACGUUCUAAAGGUGAUAUUGUCCAGAUUGUGGUUGGAGUGUCCGGGGGCCAAAGGUUUGUCAUAAAUUGCAAAUUUCCAAUGCCUUUGGGGGAUGUAUGGUUUGAAAUCCCCCACAAUGUGAUUGAUCCCUGCAGUAAAAUUGAAGGAAUUGAUUUGAGUGUAAGAAGAAAAAGCAGUGGUGCUUGGAUUCUUCUAAUGGAAUCCCCCAGAACCCGUUUUAAUCCUGCGUAUUUUGAGGUUCCAACAAUGAUGGGAGAAGUAUUGGAGGUUUACGUAAAAUUCCAUCCUUUGCAUAUGAUAUUUUUUGCAUUUGAAAUACAUAGAAAUAGAGAAGGGGAAGUGCGUUUCUUUCCAUCCACAGAGGCAAUUUCAUCAACCAUAAAUUAGAGGUGUCAGAGCAGCAUCAAAGUUACAUUGUGCUUAGCAACAAUCAUCUUCAGCUUCUAAUUUGCUGCAAAAUGGAUUAUUGUAAGUAUAUCCUUUACACUUGACAGACAGACACCUCUUUAACAUCGAACUAUAUCUUUUAAUUUGUUGUUUAUUUAAUGGCCCAUUUUAAUAUUUAUUAUUUAUUUUUACUUUAUGAAUCAACCCACAACUGUU